GCUCAUUCAGCAACAUUUCAGUGAUUUAAAACGAAGAUGCCUAUGUAAACAUUAACACAUGUGUUUUAAUGCGUACGACAAUUUGUACUAGUGUAGCACUGGAAUGAUUUUUGUUUUUAAACUUUCGGGUGGCAUUACGACACUCAGUUUCUUGCUUUUCUAUUAAAUAUGUGACAUCGACGAUGGCAAAUCUUUGUAAAAGAGUUGUGGACCUCGAAAAAUACAUUGUGAAAGAGGCUCCUCCGACUGUUUACUAUAUUCCUGAUUUUAUAUCGGAGGCUGAGGAGGAGUUUUUGCUUCAGCAGGUGUACAGAGCUCCAAAGCCCAAGUGGACACAGUUGUCAGGGAGAAGGCUACAGAACUGGGGUGGAUUGCCAAAUCCCAAAGGAAUGCUUGCUGAGAAACUCCCUGAUUGGCUGCUAGAGUACACAGAGAAGAUAUCAGCUCUUGGAGCUUUUGCAGGAAAGACGGCUAAUCACGUGCUUGUAAAUGAAUACAAGCCAGGGGAAGGAAUUAUGCCUCAUGAGGAUGGACCAUUGUAUCACCCCACUGUAACCACUAUCACUGUGGGUUCUCAUACACUUCUGGAUUUCUACAGGCCUGUUUGUCAAGCCGAGCCUGACGCUCCGCAAACAGAAGAAAGCCGCUACAUGCUUUCACUCUUGGUGCAACGAAAAAGUCUGCUGAUUCUCCAGGACGAUAUGUACAAGUGUUAUUUGCAUGGUAUUCGAGGAGUCUGUGAGGAUGUGCUGUCUGAGCAUGUGGUGAAUAUUUCGUCAACGGGGGCUCAGGUGGGCGACACGCUUCCCCGGAGCACCAGAGUGUCUCUUACCAUUCGUCAUGUUCCCAAAAUCAUCCGAGCUAAUCUCUUUCUUGGGAAGAAGUGAGGCGUUCAAAGACCUGCCUGAACUUUGAACUAGACAAACAGGCGCUACAUGUUCGCACCCGCAGACCAAACUGUGUAAAUGCAGUACACAAACUCCUCUACAAUAUAUUAUUGUAUGUGCAAUUCAUUAGUGUCUCUAAGAAAAUCUUACAGGGUGGUGUGGCAGCUGAAAACACUACAUGCCUGGAUAGAGGUAAAGUUGGUUUUAUAUUCGCACAUUCAGACUUUCCCCUUAAAUAAUAUAAUUUUAUUAAAGUAUUAUUUUUGAACUCUAAAUAGUGAAAUCGCAUAGCUGCAAAUAGUACAACAUUGUUCACAGUCAAAUAAACAGUGUUAAUGUUGUUUUCAAGCCACACUUGCAUGCUAAUUCCAAUCAAAUAUUCAAAGUAACAUGUUAAACAAUUUAGAGACUUCUAAAUGAACGAAUGUGUGAAUCUAAAACCAACUUUACCUCUAUCAUGCCUGGCUUAUCCUGUACAAACACAUUUACAUUUUCUUUAUGAGUGAAAAGAAACAUGUUGUCUUUGGAGCCUCAGAAAUAAAGUGUGUAGCUGUA